CCCCUCCCUGUGUCCUUCCAAGAAGCGCCACAUGCACUGAUCUCUUGUGUCCCCAGAUGGUCACCAUGGGCCAUUGCUACUACAACGAGACCAUUGGCUUCUUCUAUAACAACAGUGGCAAGGAGCUCAGCUCUCACUGGCGGCCCAAGGAUGUGGUCGUGGUGGCACUGGGGCUGACCGUCAGCGUACUGGUGCUGCUCACCAAUCUCCUGGUCAUAGCAGCCAUCGCCUCCAACCGCCGCUUCCACCAGCCCAUCUACUACCUGCUAGGCAACCUGGCCGCAGCUGACCUCUUCGCGGGGGUGGCCUACCUCUUCCUCAUGUUCCACACUGGUCCCCGCACAGCCCGACUUUCACUUGAGGGCUGGUUCCUGCGGCAGGGCUUGCUGGACACAAGCCUCACUGCGUCGGUGGCCACACUGCUGGCCAUCGCUGUGGAGCGGCACCGCAGUGUGAUGGCCGUGCAGCUGCACAGCCGCCUGCCCCGUGGCCGCGUGGUCAUGCUCAUUGUGGGCGUGUGGGUGGCUGCCCUGGGCCUGGGGCUGCUGCCCGCCCACUCCUGGCACUGCCUCUGUGCCCUGGACCGCUGCUCGCGCAUGGCACCCCUGCUCAGCCGCUCCUAUUUGGCUGUCUGGGCUCUGUCGAGCCUGCUUGUCUUUCUUCUCAUGGUGGCUGUCUACACCCGCAUUUUCUUCUACGUGCGGCGGCGAGUGCAGCGCAUGGCAGAGCACGUCAGUUGCCACCCCCGCUACCGAGAGACCACGCUCAGCCUGGUCAAGACUGUCGUCAUCAUCCUGGGGGCUUUCGUGGUCUGCUGGACACCAGGCCAGGUGGUACUGCUCCUAGAUGGUUUGGGCUGCAAGUCCUGCAAUGUCCUGGCUGUAGAAAAGUACUUCCUACUAUUGGCCGAGGCCAACUCACUGGUCAAUGCUGCCGUGUACUCUUGCCGAGAUGCUGAGAUGCGCCGCACUUUCCGCCGCCUCCUCUGCUGUGCGUGCCUCCGCCGGUCCACCCGCGAGUCUGCCCACUAUACAUCCUCUGCCCAGGGAGGUGCCAGCACUCGCAUCAUGCUUCCCGAGAACGGCCACCCACUGAUGGACUCCACCCUUUAGCUACCUUGAACUUCAGCGGUAUGCAGCAAGCAACAAAUCCACAGCCCCUGAUGACUUGUGGGUGCUCCUGGCUCAACCCAACCAGCGGGACUGACUGACUGUCAGGCCAGGGUCUGGCACGGCACAGCACCACUGCCAGCCCUCCCCAGGCACACCACUCUGCCCAGGGAAUGGGGGCUUGGGGUCAUCUCCCACUGCCUGGAGGAGUCAGAUGGGGCACAGGAAUCUGGCUCUUCAGCCAUCUCAGGUUUAGGGGGUUUGUAACAGACAUUUUUCUGUUUUCACUGUGUAUCCUUGGUAAGCCCUGUGGACUGUUCCUGCUGUGUGAUGCUGAGGGUUUUAAGGUGGGGAGAGAUGAGGGCUCUCUUGGGCCAUGCUACCCAGUGUGACUGGGUAAUGAGGACAGACUUAUGGACGUCCCAUCCACCUGAGGCUGAUUCUUUAGCAGCAGAGACUAAGGGAUGCAGAGUGUGAGCUGGGAAAGGCUUGUGGCUCCUUGCAGCCUCCAGGGGCUGGCCUGUCUCUGUUAGAACUGAAGCAGUCCACUGGGAGGGGAUGAUACAAGGAGUAAACCUUUCUUUUCACUCUGAGGUCUCCAAAA